UACCUAAUACGGAGACUCUCAGCAGCCUGCAAAGAAUGUCAGCGCCGGCGGACUAAGUGCAGUUCUGAGAAUCCAUGCGUGGAAUGCGCGAAGCGUGGCUCUAUUUGUGUUUUCGAUAUGAGCUCCGACAAGCGACGCAAGAGUUACGCAAGUAAAAUAGAAGCAGAAAUCCGUCACUACCAAAGGUUUUUGAACGACUUUUUGAGGGCAAUCAGGGACUCUGGUGAUGAUGACGUCCGUCACAUCAUCAAUACUGUGCAGGCGGGGUCAUCAACAAGUGAAAUUCAGUCUGAGGUGAGCAGUGUCCUUAUGAAGAAUUAUUGCUCUCGAUCUACACUUUGA